AUGUUGCGCCGCUCUUGCGUGUUGGCGACUGCGUCGGGCCCGCUUGCGCUGCCAGCUGACAUUCAUGACUGGGCCCCGCUACGGCAGUACCUGGAAAAGAGCACCGUCGGGGGCUGCACCGACCGCACCGUCCUGGAUGCCUCCAUCAUCCCAACGCGACACCUGCAGCGAAGUCUUUUUCGUCUCCCGGUUCCAAAGCUAAAAAAUACGUGUUCCCGCUACUUGAACGCCGUCAAGCCGUUGGUCUCACCAAAACAAUUUGAAGCCACCACCAAAAUUGUGAAUGACUUUGAAUCGGGUGAGGGGCGUGUCUUGCAGGAGGAGUUGGUGCGCACCGACAAGGCAAACAAGCACACCUCCUACAUCUCGGCGGACUGGUUUGAUUUUUACCUUUCAGACAGGCGGCCGUUGCCGAUCAACACAAACCCGUGUCUGCUCACGAGACGCGACCAGGACAAGCCGGACAUGCUCACCCGUGCAACAUUCUGGAUUACCAGCAGUGUGGCCUUUUACCGUAUGUAUCUUGAGAAUACGCUGAAACCUGAUAUAUUCAGUUUUGCUCCAGAAGGUCAUUACAGCAGGAGGCAAUGGUUUGAGCGCACGGUGGCUCUUUCGCCAAGGUCUAUUGCCGCAAAGGUGUGUGUGUUCGGCUCAAAUUUUCAGGCCUUUCCGCUGGAUAUGUCGCAGUACUCUAGUUUGAUGAAUUCUACACGUCUACCUGGGACACUGAAGGAUGAGGUUCGAUGCUUCAGCUAUACGCCGCACAUCAUUGUGCAGUUCCGUGGUCACCAGUACGUUGUCAAUGUUGCCGACAGCGAGUGCAGGCCGCUUCCGGAGGAGCAGAUCUACGCGAGACUGAAGGCCAUCAUUGACCUGAACCCAAGUCCGCCAAAGGUGGAUAUUGGGGUCUUUACAUCCACGGACCGGCCAACGUGGCACGCUGUGCGUACAGAGAUGUUGCGCGACAACGAGAAUCAAAAUAACUUUGAAUUGCUUGAUUCGGCUAUGUUUGUAAUGAACCUUGAUGACGACGUGGACGUGGACUUCUUGAACUGUCGUGGUGCUGUCGAUGCCACUCGCGUGUCGCUUGUAAAGAACACGAACCGUUGGUGGGACAAGAGCAUCUCGGUCAUUGUAACGAAGGACGGUUUUCUCGCCAUCAACUUUGAGCACAGUUGGGGGGACGGGGUUGCCGUCCUACGGUCCACGCAAGACAUCUUUAACCACUCCAUCAUGCGCAGCAGCAAAAGCAUGCGACGCGAUGCGGCUCCCACUGAAGGCGUGAAACAAUUACGGUGGCGCCUAACGCAUAAACUGGAGCAGGAGGGUGUCAAAGCAAAGUUGCGCCUUGACGCGGAUAUUCGCCGAAUGGAUUUGAGCUUAUGCAUUGUAAAGGAAGUGGGCACUUCGGAUCCCAUCUUCCGCACGGGGCCCGUCAAGGGUGACCCGUUCUUGCAGUUGGUGAUGCAGCUGGCUUGGUGGCGAUUGUACAAGAGUACAGUUAGCACGUAUGAGAGUGCCAGUACAGCAGCGUAUCGUCACGGCCGUACGGAAUGCAUCCGCUCCGCAACGAUGGAGAGUCAGGCCUUCACGAUGUUGAUGGACGCCCCGCACGUCGCUGCUAGCGAGAAGGUUGAGGCGAUGUUUAAGGCCCUGCGAAAGCACGCCGAGCUUUCCAAGAAUGCCAAAAUGGGUGAAGGAGUGGAUCGCCAUUUGUUUGCUCUACAGAAGGUGGCACAACGCCGUAAUCCGUGCCGUGUUCCGGAUCUAUUUUCAAGUCCCUCGUACACAACACUUUGUAGUAACAUGAUGAGCACCUCUACACUUCGCUCAGACGCACUUGUUGGCGGCGGUUUUGGGCCUGUAAGUCCCGGUUAUGGCAUUGGCUACGCGGCGGAUCGGGAGACGCUGGCGUUUAACGUGUCCUGCUGGAAAGAAGGGGGGCCGCGGUACUCUGCCGACGACUUUACGCAGGCGCUUUACGCUGCCGCCUUGGACAUGUACAACCUCCUGCGUUCAGCUAAAACGGGGUGA